GCUGAUCUGCUGACUGAUGAACAAGUCAAAGAAUGUAAGGAGGUGUUCAACCUGUUUGACAAGGAUGGAGAUGGUGCAAUAACAACACAAGAACUGGGUAAAGUAAUGAGAUCACUUGGUCAGAACCCUACAGGACCAGAACUGCAAGAAAUAAUUAACAAAGUGGACGCUGAUGGAAGCGGAUCUAUAGACUUUACAGAAUUUUUAACAUUAAUGAAGAGGAAAAUGAAUGAGAAUUACACAGAAGCGGAACUACGUUCGGCUUUUAAAGUGUUCGACAUAGACGGUAAUGGUCAGAUUUCGUCGUCAGAACUAAGGCACGUGAUGACAAAUCUCGGAGAGAAACUCUCUGAUGCCGAGAUUGAUGACAUGAUUAGAGAAGCAGAUGUCAACUGUGACGGACAAAUCAAUUAUGAAGGUAGGCACAAAAAUAUCCAGACAUAUAUUGAUCUUUUUUACCUUUUCGUGGUCAUCAUAAAAACAGUCCUUAGCUUAACUAUAUAA